AUGGCCGCCAACUUUGACAAAGUGAUCGCGUCCGCCACGCUGGCGGGCAGCCUCCUCUCUUGCGUCGCGACGACAUGCGUGCUGACUUCGUUUGCCAUCUACCGUCACCAGAUGCGCAGUUUUCGCCAUGCUCUCGUCUUGAACCUUUCGGUAGCGGAGUUCAUCAACUCGCUCAACAAUACGGUUUCGGGCUUUAUAUACAUGCGCACGAGGGGCCUCCAGCCCGGCGCAGCCUGCACCGUCAACGGCUUUGUGGGCCAGCUCUCGGUGCAGGCCGCCGACUUUUCCAUCCUCGCCAUCGCCCUCGUCACGCUCCUCACCGUCACGGGGACAGUGUACAUGCCCAAGGCGUCGCUCGCGCGCAAGGCCACCAUCUGCGGCGCCGUCUGGGUGGUUCCCGUGGCGACGAGCGUCACGGCGACGGCCAUGGGCCAGAUGGCCCCCGUCGGAGGCAACUGGUGCUGGAUCUCGGCGGCGAGGCCGGACCUGCGGUACGCGCUGACGCACGGGUGGCGGUUUGCCGUCAUCUUCUCGACCAUGGCCAUCUACGUGUACAUAUGGGUAUUUCUACGGCGUCACUUCCGGUUCCUGCGCGGGGCGCAGCGCUGGUCGUACGGGACGACGUCGUCUGGCGACGGGAGCUUCUCGUCGGGCCGCGCGAGGAGGGGAACCGGCGUCUCUGACGCGACCACGCGCAGCGAUGACGAUAUGAAACUGGACAACCUGAUGCGCGUUGAAGCCGCUGGUGCCGGAACAACGACGAAACCCGUGGGGCUGAGCAUCGGCGUGCACGAGGUGAAGAUGGACGCCGCCGCCGUUGAGGCCAAGGGUGGUAUGAUAGACUUCGACGACGACGACGACGAUGACGACGCCACGACGCUGGACGAGAUGAUUCACGGCACACCCGGCAAAACGCUCCGACAGCAAAAAUCAUUCCAGGAAGACCUCGAGAGAAUCACGCCCAAGUCGUCGUACCCCGGCGACAACCACGUCUCGAUCCCCAGACCGAGCGCCAGUGCCAGCGGCAGCGUUCGCAGGGCCCCGAACGUGCCGGCGAACAGGACGAUGCGCAGCACGCUGAGCGAGUUCCCCAUCAGGCAAGACUCGCACCAGGUGGAACGGGAGAUCAAGAAGAUGAUGUUCCUCAACGCGUACCCGAUCAUGUAUGUGCUGCUCUGGAUCCCCGGUCUCGUGAACCGGCUGCUGCAGGCGUCGGGGAACGCGCCGGGGCCGAGGACGAUGGCGGCGUUGCAGGUGUCGACGCAGUUUGUGGGCUUGGCGAACGCGCUCACCUACGGCUUCAACCAUCACUUGAGGGACAGGUUGAAGGGGAUCUAUUUCACAGGCAUAGCUUCGAGAAUCAGGGCGAAGUGGAGACGGUGA